GGAACCGUCGUGUCUGACUCUAGGCAAAGCUUGGACAGCCUUAUCCUCCGGUCUUCAGACCCACUAGGAUUCUUGACUUAGGCGUGGACCAUGUCCACAGGGUCGGGGGGUUACUCGGUGAGGCCGCGGGGCGCCCCUCACCCGUCCAAAGGCGGGACUUCCGGUCCUGGCCCCCACCUGGGCGGGAUUUCCUGUGUGCUUCCUAGCGAAGUGGGUCUUUACCUGAGCCCCCGGACCAAGUAGCGAGUUCUGUGAGCGGUAGAGAACGACCCCAGAUAUUCACCUGCCCCCGGCCACAGGGUGUAUCCCCGAGUUCCUCCCACCUUGGAGCGGGGAAGGGGUUUAAUUCCAGUUUGACAGGUGGUUGGGGGGACUUCGCUGGCAUGCUAGCCUCCCUCAUUCCUUGGGGGACUUUUCCUCUUUCUUCAUCUCUUCCUGGAGUCCCUUUCCUAACCUCACCCCCCACCUCAUUCUAAAAAGUCAGUUGCCUUACCUGUCCCUUCCUCCUGUGGGGGACAGGUCUCACCUCCCUCUUUCCCUAAUCUUCAGUUCAGUUCAGUCGCUCAAUCGUGUCUGACUCUUCCCUAAUCUUAAAUACCUCUAUUUGGCGGGAGAGGGGGUCUUCCGUCUAUCAGCUCCGUGGAAGAUAACAGGACUUCUGGAACCUGAAGGGGUGGGAGACUCUCCUGGGGGGGGGGGGCGGGGCGUACUUGGCUUGGCUACUCUCCUUUGAGGUAACCAAUGCCAGAGACACCCCCCUGCCCCCAAGACUCCCAAGCCUUGGCAGAGAGGUCUGCGUAAGUCGCUCUCCUCCUCAUCUUUGAGGUAUGAGUGGGGCUCUCAUGACCAGCUCAUUCCCACUUGACUCUUUCCAGGUAUUCCCAGGCUCUCGGAGUUUGAUCUGCUCUCAGAUCUCCUCUAGGAGAGGAGCCAUAUCUUGAUAUCCCAAGGAGGAGCCCCCUGGCCUGGCAUUACCAGGCUGUGCAACCUUGAGCCACUCACUCUCCUGCCCUGAGCCUCAGUUUUCUCCAUCAAGUGGGACCCAAGGAGUGGCUGUGAGACCCUGGGUACCUCCCAGUUCGGUUGGGCUUUGGAGUCUGUCAAGCAGACCACAGUUUCACCUCACUUCUGCCCUUUCUAGCUGUGUUCCUUCUGGCCAGUGCCUUAAACCUCUGAGCCUCGCUUUUCCCUUCUGGACUAGGAAGCCAUAAAUCUUUCCUCAUAAGAUAGGCAGUGUGGCAUUUAGGAUUAAGAACACGUUCUGGAUCCAGGAUGACUGAUCCAGGUCCCAGCCCUCCAUCUUGGUCAAGACAUUGACCCUGGUCAAUGAGUCUCCCCAGGCCUCAGUUUGCAGUUGUGAAGUGGGAUGAUCGUAGCUCCGCCCUCAUAGGGGUGGUGAGAGGGUGGGAUGAGACUGGGUUACACCCGGGCCCCUGCCCGGGAGGUGUGGUGUAAACUUGCUCCAGGGCCUGUCAGGACUGGCAGUGGUUGUGCUCUCACUGCAUGUGGCUGCCAGCAGGGGCUUUGUACUCCGUGAGCUUUGACUGUCUUGUUUGUGAGGGCGCGGAUGGCGUCGGGGCGGCCCGAGGAGCUGUGGGAGGCCGUGGUGGGGGCCGCCGAGCGCUUCCGGGCCCGGACGGGCACGGAGCUGGUGCUGCUGACGGCCGCGCCACCCCCGCCACCCCGCCCGGGCCCCUGUGCCUACGCGGCCCAUGGCCGAGGGGCCUUGGCCGAGGCCGCCCGCCGCUGCCUCCACGACAUCGCCCUGGCCCACCGGGCGGCCGCCGCAGCCCGCCCCCCUGUGCCCCCGCCAGCACCGCAGCCGCCCAGCCCCGCGCGAAGCCCACCCCGGCCUGCCCUUGCCAGAGAGGAAGACGACGAGGACGAGGAUGAACACACAGAGACGGAGACCUCUGGGGAGCGACAGGGCAUCAGCGAUAAUGGAGGACUCUUUGUGAUGGACGAGGACACCACACUGCAGGACCUUCCCCCCUUCUGUGAGUCAGACCCAGAGAGCACGGACGAUGGCAGCCUGAGCGAGGAGACGCCCACUGGCCCCCCAGCUUACUCGGUGCCCCCGGCCUCAGCCCUGCCCACGCAGCAGUAUGCCAAGUCCCUGCCUGUGUCCGUGCCCGUCUGGGCCUUCAAGGAGAAGAGGACAGAAGCUCGGUCGUCCGAUGAGGAGAACGGGCCGCCCUCCUCGCCGGACCUGGACCGUAUCGCGGCGAGCAUGCGCGCACUGGUGCUGCGGGAGGCCGAGGACACUCAGGUCUUCGGGGACCUGCCGCGGCCACGGCUCAACACCAGCGACUUCCAGAAGCUGAAGCAGAAAUACUGAGGCCCAAGGAGCUUCCCGGCCCGGCGUCCGUCCCACCCAUACACUACACCCCUGUCCCGCCCCCGGGGCCCGCCAAUCCGAGUCAGAUCCGGGACCGGCCUCCCACGCCCCGGGCCACCAGGAUUGACCAGUCCCUGCAGAUUCCCGCCACCCUUCCAGCCCACGGGAACUCCCGCGCCGCCGAGCGGGGCCUAUCCAAUUUCCGGAUUGGGUCUGUCUGCUCUCUGCCCAGCGACAGAUUGCUUUUUAGUAAGGAAUUGGCUCGCUCCGCGACCGGGGCGUGGCUAAUUCGCCAGGCGUUGGCUCCAUUCCCGAAAGAGUCAAGCUCCAGAAUUGGGUAAUCGUUCUCCACUUCAGCAUAGCGAAUGGACAGCUCCUUCAUUUGAUUGACUUGAACACUGUAAAGGGCUUGACCAAUCUCCCGAGAGACUCAUCCACCCUUCUUGAGUUCCCCCAUUUGAUUGGCUCUAGCCUCCUGGGGGCGUAGCCGACUCCUCCUGUACCCAGGAUUGGCCUGUGGCGUUACAUUUACGUUCUUUACACUACUGGGGCUGGCGUUGAUUUUCGCCGAAGUCCCGACAAUUGUCCCUCUGGUCCCCUCAGGGAUGGCCUGAUCCGGUUCUUGCGUCUGACACCCUCUCAUUGGUUACAUCCCACAACUGCCUGCCAAGCAAACCCGUCCUUGCAUCCAGGACGUUACCAGCUCCCGCCCCUCUCCCCCCACCCCCACAGGUGCCUUAAAGGGCCCUCGUCCACCCAAGGUGGGGGGCAGGGGGCCUCACUCUCCGGCCCUGGUUUGGGGGAGAGAGUCGGGGGUGGGGAUCGGGAGUUGGGAGGGGCGCUCUGAGAUUAAAGAGUUUUACCUCUGACAAAUGAA